GUAAUAAUCACUCAAAUUGAAGCGCAAAAUUAGGGUUUAUUUUACCAGUGGCGUUUUCAUUGGUUGUAUCGACGGGUUUGUCUUUCAAUUCCCCCUAUAAAAACGGUCAUCAACCCAAUAACCACAACUACUCUCACUCACCAACCACACCAAAACCCGCAGACAAAGUGAUGGAUUCCGAUUUCGGCAUUCCAAGACAACUCUCCGAUCUCCAGAAGCUCCGAUCUCAGUACCAACCGGAGCUUCCUCCCUGUCUUCAGGGAACCACUGUCAGAGUGGAAUUUGGUGAUGCAACAACUGCACAAGACCCAGCGGAUGUCCACACUAUUAGUCGAUCCUUCCCGCAUACAUAUGGUCAGCCUUUGGCUCACUUUCUUAGAGCAACCGCAAAGGUCCCCGAUGCUCAUAUUAUCGCAGAUCAUCCAGCGAUUAGGGUAGGAAUAGUCUUUUGUGGAAGGCAAUCUCCUGGAGGACAUAACGUCAUUUGGGGACUUCACGAUGCUCUUAAAAUCCACAAUCCAAACAGCACAUUGCUUGGGUUUCUCGGUGGAUCAGAAGGAUUGUUUGUACAGAAAACCCUUGAGAUCACAGAUGACGUUCUUGCAACCUACAAAAAUCAAGGUGGUUAUGAUUUGCUGGGACGUACAAAAGAUCAAAUAAGAACAACUGAGCAAGUUAAUGCUGCAUUAACUGCAUGCAAUAACUUGAAAUUGGAUGGCCUUGUGAUUAUAGGAGGUGUCACAUCAAACACUGACGCUGCUCAACUUGCUGAGACAUUUGCUGAAGCUAAAUGUCCAACAAAGGUUGUUGGUGUACCUGUUACCUUGAAUGGGGAUCUUAAGAAUCAAUUUGUGGAAGCGAACGUUGGUUUUGAUACAAUAUGCAAGGUCAAUUCCCAGCUCAUUAGCAAUGUCUGCACUGAUGCUCUCUCUGCAGAGAAGUAUUAUUAUUUUAUCCGGCUCAUGGGCAGAAAGGCAUCGCAUGUGGCUUUGGAGUGCACUCUCCAGUCUCAUCCAAAUAUGGUGGUCCUGGGUGAGGAGGUAGCUGCAUCAAAACUUACUCUUUUUGAUAUUACGAAACAAAUUUGUGAUGCUGUUCAAGCCAGAUCAGAUCAAGAUAAGUACCACGGCGUAAUCUUACUGCCUGAGGGGCUCAUAGAAAGCAUUCCUGAAGUUUAUGCUCUGUUGAAGGAAAUACAUGGUUUGCUCCAGCAAGGGGUUACUGCUGACAGCAUUUCAUCUCAACUUUCACCUUGGGCAUCUGCAUUAUUUGAGUUUUUGCCUCCAUUUAUCAAAAAACAGCUGCUCCUUCACCCUGAAUCAGAUGACUCCGCACAGUUAUCUCAGAUUGAGACAGAGAAACUUCUUGCACAUCUAGUGGAAACUGAAAUGACCAAGCGCCUGAAAGAAGGCUCAUACAAGGGGAAAAAGUUCAAUGCCAUCUGUCACUUUUUUGGGUAUCAGGCUCGGGGAUCUUUGCCAUCAAAAUUCGACUGUGACUAUGCCUAUGUCCUUGGACACAUAUCCUACCAUAUUUUGGUGGCUGGUUUGAAUGGCUACAUGGCAACUAUUAACAAUUUGAAGAACCCUUUAAACAAGUGGCGCUGUGGUGCUGCUCCAAUUACAGCAAUGAUGACUGUGAAGAGAUGGGCUCAAAGUCCUGGUGCCUCUUCAAUUGGGAAACCAUCUAUCCACCCAGCCACUGUGGAUUUAAAGGGAAAAGCAUAUGAGCUGCUGAGACAAAAUGCAGCUAAAUUCUUGAUGGACGAUAUUUACAGAAAUCCUGGCCCUCUUCAAUUUGACGGUCCCGGUGCUGAUGCUAAACCUGUAAGUCUCUGUGUCGAGGACCAGGAUUACAUGGGCCGUAUCAAGGAAUUGCGGGAAUAUCUGGACAAGAUACGGACCAUUGUGAAACCUGGUUGUUCACCGGAAGUUCUGAAGGCCGCUUUGAGUGUCAUGGCCUCUGUGACAGAAGUCCUCUCUGUGAUGUCAUCGUCUCCUGGCAAUCACAAAAUCCUUUGAGAAAUAAUUUCCAGAAUUGAUUGUCCUUUGGCACCCUCUAUGCACUAAUUUAUUGUAUCUUCAACUGUUGGUGUAUUGGUCAAGCUUUUCUUUUUCUAAAUAAUUUCCAGAGUUGAUUGUCCUUUGGCACCCUCUAUGCGCUAAUUUAUUGUAUCUUCAACUGUUGGUGUAUUGGUCAAGCUUUUCAUUUUCUUUUUCCUAGAAGAUAUAA